GACGGACGUCAGCUGGAAAAUUUAUUGUGGGUGCGUAGAAAUAUUGGUGUUUAUUUAUAUACCAAGCAAGUUACAGCGUAAUCACAAUGGCAACAGGAGUAAAACCUCGUGAUGAAGACAUACAAUUUUCUAGAUCGGAUCUAGAAGCUAUACAAGACGCAUUGAAAAAUAAGAAAUUUCGAGAGCUACUCACCGAGUACUGUGAAGAAGUACGUGACCCGGCGAACCAAGCUCUAUAUCAGAAAGAAAUGACACAAUUCGAGAAGGAACGUGGAUACGAUGUAACAUUCAUAAAUCCAAAGGGAGGUUAUGUUAUCAAAACAAGUGUGGCCGGCGACAGAAAAGCUUUUAUUAAUAUUUGCAGUAAUGAUAACAUCGGCAAACCUUCGCACAACAUUCAAGAAGUUAACGGAAAAAGGGGUAUGAACUGGCAAAUCCCAUAUUCAUUAUUGCCACCCCGGGAAGAUUAUGAUCAAAAUAAGAAACGUUGCGUGAUUUACGAUGUCGUUUUCCAUCCCAAUACACUUCGGAUGGCAGAGGUUAACAAACAGUUUCGAGAAUUAGUUAAUAAUACAGCAUUUGAGGGGUUACAAAAAACUUAUAAUAUUCAUUUGGACGUCAAUAAUUUUCGGCUUCCAAAAUCAUCUUACAAGGGUAUGGCUGUACCAGCGGUGAUACGAAAAGAAGACCCUAACUAUAAGCCCCCCGAUGAAGAAGAAAGCCAGGAUUUAUCGCCAGAGAUAAUGGAAAAAUUGUAUCCUCAACAUUCAUACUCUGAUCAAAAUACUGAGGUAUUCAAAGCAAGUAAACCUGUAAUAGAUCAAUGGAAAAAACCCAGAAAAGUACUUUCAGAAUUUAAUCACAUAACUGAUAAUGGGUAUACUAUACCUAAAUAUGUCAUAAAACAGCAAAAGAAUAUAGAUCUUCAAGAAUUUACAUACCAUAGAGAGAGCAAACAAUACUCUGCUAUACCAAGUCAAAUUGUCAUUGAAGUAAACUUGCCACUUUUAUCUUCUACUAAAGAAUGCACUUUAGAUGUGAAAGAACAAUCUUUAUAUUUGAUAUCUGAAAAACCAGCCAAAUAUAAAUUAAAUAUCUCUCUUCCCUAUCCAGUAAAUGAAGAAUGUGGUAAUGCUAAGUUUGACAAAAGUUUACAUAAGCUCAUAGUAACCCUACCAGUGGUUAAGAAAAAUUUAGUUCAAACAAAUAAAGACAGCCACAAAAUAGAUAGUGGUCUUGAAAGUGAAUCAAAUGCUUCCCAAAGUGAUGAGGAGAAUAAUAAUUCCUCAAAUUUAGUAACGAAACUUUCAUCAACUGAGAGCAAGAUUCAGGAAAUAAUUGAACCCUGUACUCAAAAUCGAAUAAAUAAUUUUUUUGAAGAAUCUCUUGCCUACACCCUACCUAAAUACACAUACAACAUCCUCGAUGAUGUAGUUGCCUUAACAUUCCACGUGAAAAACACCGAACCUGAUUCAGUUGAAGUUAAAACUGAUGGUUCCAAAAUUAAUAUUAAAUUUACUUCUACAGGCUCUGGUUUUGUGCCUAUUCACUAUGCUGCAACUAUUGUGUUCAAUGAUAACGUUGUAUUUGAAAAUGUUGUUGGAGAAGCUUGGGACAACAAUGUCAUUUUACAAAUUGAGCUUAAUAGUAAUGUUCCACAAAAAUUUCUAAUUGGUCUAGGUGAUUCUUUGACUGAAGAACAUUUAGACAAUUCCCAGCUUAAAAAAAAUGACUCUUCAUCUGAAGAAAAUCCUAGCACAGCGGUAACAGAAUUAGUUACUCCAGUUGUUGAAGUAACAAACUUAGGUUCUGAGACUAACAUUGUUGUAUCUACCAAUGUUGAUGACUGCGAUGAUGAUAUUGAUUCAUACACACUAGAAGACAGAAAAAUUGUGUGGACUGAGACAUACAGGAGUGAGACUGGAGCCAAGAGUAUACUCCGUAAAUCCAGCUCUCGCAGUUAUUCUGAAUCAAGCAUUGGAGAUAUUGCAUCAUCUAUGGAUUACAUUAGCUCUGACUGCAUACCUGAAGAGUCUAGUUUUAAAAAGACUGUUAGGUUUAAUAAUGUUAUCGCUAGACAGUUUUACAGGUACAAUUCUUCUAUUGAAGGUCAGAAAAAGAAAAAUCAACGCAAGAAGAGUAAAAAGAGAAAUCUGGAGAGAAGGAAAAGUGAAAGUGAAGCAGAAGAAGAAUGUGGAAAUACUCUUCAGAGUUCCAAACAAAGGUCGAAGUCAGCAUUGAAACAGCGACGCGACAGCGGUCUAGCGGACACGUCCGACGCCGAAGAAUGCAAAACAUCGGAUUCGUACAACAAUCACGAAUUCAACAUAAACGCUAAACCGACAAAAUACGUAAACAAGGCUGGAAUCGUUGACGCGAAAUCAGAAUUUCGGGAUUCCGGAAAGCAUUCGAAGAAACUCGAAGGAGAUUCUAUUAAUUGCGAAAAUAUUAAACACAAAACGGACCUCUACGAUCCCGAAAGGUUAAACAAAGGAAAAUAUUUAGAAGUUUCCUUUAAAAACGAUCUCAUAUUUGAUUUGGACAUGUAAGCUCAGCCAUGUUCGCUACUAAGCAACUUAAAGUUAAUGUAAGGCGCGUAACGCCUUCUACUACGAUUUUACAAUAUAUUGAGGACACCCCAGUUUUAAUUUAAAAUUUUAUUCAUAGAUUUAGUAUUAUAACAUUUCAGAGUUAUGUUCCUUUCAUUGAUUUGAGUACUAUUUAUAGACUGUAGAAUGUUGUUUCUAGGUUUAUGGCAACGGACUAUUCGAUCCGCAUAAUACAUUCGGUCAAUUAAUAAUUUUAUAAGUUAAGUAAUUUUAGAGUAUAUAGUUUUCAGAAGUUGUCUUACUUUAAAUAAUUUUUGCUCACACCAGACAAUAUUUCAAAUGUGAACGAGUGGUACAAACUAGUGAUUAUUAUAUAUACACAUGGCUUGAUGUCCAGUGUAAGUUUUUAAAAGCACUGCACAGUGAUCAAUUAGAUUAAUACACGUUUAUACACAUUUUAUUAUAUAUACAAAUAAUAAAUAAUUAAAUAAUCAAACAUCCGAUCCAGUCUUGCAUAUGAAAAUUGUUUAUUUGUAGAUUUUUUUGAAUCUUGAUUAACGAUUAAUGGUUAAUUUAUAUUUGGUCUUGAUCUAAACAAUAUGGUAGUGAGUGAGUGGUUUAAUAAAGGAGAGUCAAGUGUGUAUCGGCUACCGUCUGGAUGAGUUACAGCUGUAGCUAGGGUUGACACUAACUAGCCAAUAGUAGUGUAGUAUGUAUAUGCUACUUACAAUACAGAAAAUAGAAUGCACUACUAACCUUUAUUUAUUUAUUUUAUUAACCUUUAUUUUUGUUUAAAAAUUCACUAACCAUACAAAAACUAUUAAAUUUAUAUGCGAGUUAAUGACCCUAGCUCAUAACUUUAUGCGAGUAAAACGAACAGCUUGUCUUAAAAUUAAUCCCAAACUGUUGUCAUAAACAAUGCAUUUAGUUAAUUUAGAAACGAAUGAUUUGUAAUAAUUAAUUAUAGUUAUUUAACGUAUGAAUGUGAUUCAGUGUUUUUGGGAGUAUACAAAAUAAAAAA